ACCAGCUUUUCAGUUUUUAUUUUAUUAUGAAAGAAAAUUUAUUAAAAAAAUAAUUUUCAUUUUUAAUUUAUUUGUACUUAAAUAGUUUGAUGAAAUGUAGGACGAUAUUAAAUUCAGAAAUGAGUUCAAAUAACCGGAAUUCUGGUAAUUUGCAUGGCUUAUCAACAAAAGCAGCACUUGUUCGAAUAAGGGAAGAAAUAGUAAAUGUUUUGACAAUUUAUGAAAACAAAUUCAAUUCUGAAAGUAUACUUUGUAAAAUACGAUCGUGUUUUGUUAGUCAAUAUAAUAGCCCACUUGGUUGGUUUUCAAUUUUAAGUACAUUAUUUGCAAUAGUUGGUUUACUUGUCGCGGACUAUUAUUUUUCUGCUUUGAUUAUUUUUGUUAUCUUGACAUUGAACAUUUAUAUUGUUGUACGGGAAAAUAAUUUAAGACGUACAGAAAUUAUAAGAAAAGCGAAACUCAUUUUAGAAGAAAUAAAAGUAGCUGAGGAAUUGUGUUAUGAUUGGAAGUUUUUUAACUACCCUCACUUAUUUUGCCCAGUCUCUCCAUGUGUUACUCUUCAAUGGACGUAUCGUGAUGGAGAAAUCAUAAAUUUACCAUCAGCUCUUCUAGUCAAAGGUGAUCACAUCGUUUUGAGGCCAGGGCAUACAGCUCCAGGGUCGUGUUAUGAAAUCCUUACAAAUAAAAAAUUUAAAACGAAUGAGAUUUAUGGAAUAGCUCAAGUGCCGGAACCUCCUUCUAAACCUGCAGCUAGACCACCACUGCCUGAUUUAAUUUGCUGUUUAGAAAAUACUCCAUACCUAGAUAAUUUGAAAUACAUUUUGGAAAAUGCACUGAAAAGACCGCCAACUAUUUAUAACCAACAAAGAUAUUUAUUGGUAACAAAAUACAUCCAACAAUGGGGUUUCAUAGCAACUUUACUCAUUACCAUUUUUGCUUCUAUAAUGAGAUAUUAUGGUUUAGCUUGGAAAUCAGACAUUAGCCAUUAUCUGUGGAAGGAAAUAUUUUUAGAAUCAUGUAUUGCAGCAAUUUUACCUUUAUUGCCUUUGAUUUUUCCUAUAAUGUGGAUUUCUUUAAAUUUAUGGGGUGUUGCAAGGUUAGAAACUUUUUUAUGUUUACCGCAACAUCCAUCAUUAAAAGAUGAAGAAAAGUCAUUUGAAGAAGAUUUGGACACUCCAACAUAUGACUACGGUCACAUAUCCCUUAAACGAUCCAUAGUUUUCAAAAAUUGGUUGAAUUUAUGGCAAGGCUCAUGCACGCUUCUCCCACGAAGUGCUAAUGUUGUUCAGGUGUUAGGAUCUAUAACAGCUCUCUGUUGUGUAGAUAAAAAAGGAAUAUUAUCUUGGCCAAAUCCUACAGCGGAAAAAGUCUUUUUCUUAAGAGAUGUAGAAGACAAAAAUUCUACAACUAGCCAAACAAGUUUGGAAUCUGAAACUACAAAUAACAAUGCCACAAAGAAAACUGGAAUUAUUUCCGAAGUAUUAGAUUUGACACAUGAUCAACAUUGCCCAUUUAAAUUAGAAUUUGAUGAUCACGAAUGGAAAAAUCAUAUAACAUCCCUUAAACCUUUAGGUUUGGCGAUUCUUUUAAAUACAUGUAGCCCCCAGACACACAAACACUAUGCACAAUUUUGCGGGCAUGUCACCGCUGUGGCAACUUUGGAUAAAGAUUUGGUCCCAGUUACGAAUCGGUAUGCACAAGUUAUUGAACCGAGCUUAAAUAGUUUUUUGCAUGGACGAUGUUUAUGUGAAUUAGCCAAACAAAUCGGUUUUAAACAGCAUGCCACAGAUAAUUUUACUUUGGAAGGACAGUUAGCUACCUAUAGGCAUUUGCAACCUGAUGUUGUACGUCGUGACAUUAAAUUUGCACGUCAUCUUCAAUUAUCAUCAAAAGUUAAAGUACCCUUUCCACAUUCUUUAUCUGUAGUAUUACGUGAAUCACCCGGAAAUUGUUUAUCAUUGUUCACACAAGGAACAGCUGAUAUUGUAUUAGAUUGUUGUGAUGAUUUCUGGGAUGGAAAAGAUUUACGUCCAUUAGGACCACAGGAGAGAAAAAGAGCUCAAGAUUUUUAUCAAAGAAGCGCAUUAACUGCAUAUUGUACUGCAUUUGCAUAUCGUCCAUUACGCCAUGGGAUAUGUGGGGCUUUGAGUGGAUCGCAUAGUGGUCCAAUUGCAUAUCUGGAAUUACCACCAGAAACGAAAUGUAAAAUGCAACAUGUUGACAAAAGUCAUUGCGAUUUUGAAGGCCACACUAAAAUUAGCCAUUCAAUAAGUACGGAUUCGUUAUUGUUUUCAGAAUCGAAAGAUGAAGAUAUCGCUGAUGUCGAAGGUUGCUUUGAAAUGCAAUGUCAUCAAGUUUUUAUAGGAAUGAUAACAAUGCAAUAUCAAGCACAAACUGAUAUCGUUCAGUUAGUUGAACGCUUAGAAAGAGCUUGUAUACGUUUCGUGCAUUUUAGUAAAGAAAAUGAAUUACGAUCCAGAGUAUUUUCGGAAAAAAUGGGCCUUGAAUCCGGCUGGAAUUGCCAUAUAUCUUUAUUGAGCGAGGAUCAGCACUCCAAUCCACAAUCACCAAAAACUUCAGGUCAAAUAGAUUUUUCUGGAACUAAUUUAGGUAGUACAGAAAAUGAUAAAAUUGAUCCUGAAAUAAACUGUUUGCUACAACCGAUGGGCUUAGAAUCUUCUAAAACUUUAAGCUCAUCAGCUCCUGGAGACUUUUUAAAUAUUAAUUCAGGCUCAGUAGAAUCAAUAAUUUCUGUAGGAGAACCACGGCAUUCUCAAGACUCAGCAUUGGAUGAAAAUUGUCGAUCAAUUAGUAUUUUAACAGAUAGUACAGAACAGAGUGCACCAAUUAAUUUUGAUAUGUCAAAUCGAGCCAAAUUACCUCGUGGUAUUGAAAAUAUCAGGCCACAUUUAGAAAAAGUUGAUAAUGUUCCUUUGCAAGUUUCGUUGUUUACGGAUUGCUCAGCAGAAGCUACAAAAGAAAUGUUAAGUAUAAUGCAAUCUUAUGGUGAAAUUGUAGUUUGCUUGGGUUCGAGUGCGAGUAAUUCAAAUUCUGAAAUAUUUUUACAAGCAGAUUGUAGCAUUGCUGUAGAGCCUUUAUAUCCUCAAGUUUGUCAAGAUGUACCUGCAUAUACGGAGUCAAACAUAUAUAAUAAUAAAUUAAAACACAUUAAUAAAACAUCAAAUAAAAAAGACUUUACGUUGCAUUUUUUAGAAAGUUAUGGAACGACAGAUUCUAAUAAUGAUGCUGCCAAUAAUAUCAAUUCACCAUAUGCUAAAUUAAUGCACACUCGCAAUAAUACUAUAUCACCAAUAUAUUUAAGUCGUAUGUUAAAUUCAUUACCUUGUUCAAUAUCAGUCGUGCGUGAUGAUCCAUUAUCAGUUGUUGCAAUAAUAGAAUUAUCAAGAAGAUUUUCAUUAGGUUUAUGGAACUGUAUACAAUAUUGGGCAUGUUGUGCCGGUACACUCGCUUCAUUAAAUAUUUUAAGUGCCUGUUUAAAUUUACCACCGAUUUUUGAUCCAUUUGUUUUAAUAUAUUUAAUGUGUUUUGCUGUACCAUUCAUUUCAUUAUCUCUUACCCAUAUUCAAGUAGAUCCAAAAGUCAUGAAUAGAGCAACAGGUAAAAAACAAACUAAAUUUGAUUCAAGGGUAUUUGGUUUUGUAUUAUGGUGUUAUGGAUGUAAAUUUUUCCCAGCAGUAUUGGUUGUGAUAAUUUCCUACACAACUAUGAUUGGCCAUCCACUUGAAAUUAUAGAUAUUCAAGAGGAAAAUUUGGAAAUUAAUCUGAAACUAGCAAGAAUAUUCGCUUUAUUAGGGAUAAUUUCUCAUUUUGUAAUAAUAUCAGCAUCAUUCGUUCAUCGAGAUCAUUCUAUAUGGCACAAAAAUCCAUUUACAAAUAAAAUUUGGACAUUUAAUUGUAUCCUAAUUCUUAUAAUUCAUUCAAGCGCUUGUAUUAUACAAAUAAUAUCAAUUAAUAAAGCAAUCUAUGAUCAGAUUUACAAAUUUUGGGCUGUAAUAGUAUUUAUGUUUACAGCAGUAGCAAUUAGUUUUUUAGUUACUGAAUUUAUAAAAUGGCAGGAAAUUAAAGUUAAUUUAAGAUAUCAGAGACGCGCACGACUAGAUUUUGGUACAAAAUUGGGAAUGAAUUCACCAUUUUAAUAAAAUAUUCUAGAAAUUAAAAAAGAAAUGUUGUUAUCUAUAUGCGUAAUACAAAUUAAAUAUCAUGAAUGUCAAAAGAAAAAAAAACUAUUCAUAGAAAUAAGUUUUAGAUAUUAAGUAUUACUUAAUUUUUAAUAAAAUGAUUUUACUUGAAUAUUAGACUGCAAAAAAAAUUUUCUUUUUGUUUUAAAUGAUUUUAAACAUUUUUGCAUACUUCAAGGAAUAUAAUAUGUGUAACAUUAAUUAUAAAUAAAUAAGUCUGUUUAACAAAU